AUGAAAUUCUCAACCGUCGCUCUCUCUGCUCUCACUGCUGUCGCUGCCGCCGGUCCAAUUGUUCAAAGACAAUCACUGGCUGAUGGUCUUGACAAAGGUAUCAAAGAACUCAACAACAAUCUCGAGCCUGUUACCGAAAACACCCUCGAUGGUGUAAACAGCCUUGUCGGUGAUAUCCUCAUGCCAGGCGAGGGAACAAACGAAGCCCAGAACAUUCUUUAUGAUGCCAACUCUCAAACAGCAAAAGGAGUUAAGGAAGUUCUCAACGCUACCAGAGAUUACAUCAACAGCAUCUUACAAGGUGAUUUGACCGAAGAGCGCGGCAACCAAGUCAUUGCUGAAUUCAACAAGGCCAACAAGGACCUCAGUGGUGGUUUGAGCACCUUGUUGAACGGUGUCCAAGACACUCUCCAAAAGAUAAACGAGAAUGCCCUUGACUUGGGUCUCUUCCCAGAAGAAGUCCAAAAGUACUUCAACCAAUUCAACGGCAACACCAGCGAUGCUGCCACUGAGUUGGUCCAAGCCGUUAACCAAAUCAUCAACAGCAUCUUCUACAACAACGGUGCUAGCCCACAAACUAUCCAAAACCAGGUCAACCAAGGAAACACUGAUCUCACCAACGCACUCGAGGCUUUGUUGAAGGGUGUCAAUGCAAUCCUCAACUCCGCAAACUAA